CGUACGGUCUACGUCGGUAACCUCCCAGCCACCGCCUCUGUAGACGAGUUGUUGAACCUCGUCCACUUUGGCCCGCUGGAGUCUGUCCGCGUUCUCCCCGAAAAGUCGUGCGUUUUCCUCUCCUUCCUUGAUGGUGCUACCGCCGCGGCCUUCCACGCCGAUGCUACUAUUAAAAAGCUGGCACUGCACGGUCAGGAGCUCAAAAUUGGCUGGGGCAAGCCUUCGCCUGUCCCUGCGCAGGUGGCGCUUGCCAUCAGCCAGAGCAAUGCGAGCAGGAACGUCUACCUCGGUGGACUCGAAGAGGGCAUGACUGAAGAGCAAUUGAGGGAUGAGUUGAGCCGCUUUGGUCUCAUUGACCAGGUUAAGAUUGUGAGGGACAAGAACAUUGGGUUUGUUCACUUCUUGAGCAUUUCUGUUGCCACGAAAGUCGUCAACACGCUGCCUACGGAGCCUUCUUGGGCAGGCAAGCGUGUCAACUUUGGUAAAGACCGCUGUGCCUACAUCCCGAAAUCUCAGCAAGCAGCCGCUCAACAGGCUCAAGCUGCUGCUGCACAAUCUCUUGUUGCACAGUCGACCAUGUCUCCGCAAGUUGCAUUUACUAAUUUCUCGCCUUAUGCCAACGCUCCGACCGUUUACUUAGGUAACAUCCACCCUGAAACAUCCUCGGAGGAUCUGUGCAACGCCAUCAGAGGAGGUGUGCUGCAGAGCAUUCGCUAUAUGCAGGACAAGCACAUUGCAUUCGUGACAUUUGUUGAUCCGGCGGCGGCGUUCACUUUCUUCCAGGUGGCGUCUUAUCAGGGUCUUACACUAAACAACCGUCGUCUUAAAAUUGGCUGGGGCAAAAACUCGGGGCCUCUUCCUCCCUCCCUUGCCCUUGCUGUGCAUUCUGGCGCCACCAGAAAUGUCUACAUCGGCAAUAUCGAGGAUUUCGAGACUUCCACUGAUGAAAGGCUCAAGCGUGACUUUGGUGAAUAUGGCGACAUUGAGCUCGUCAAUUUCCUUAAGGAGAAGAACUGCGCCUUUGUGAACUUUACCAACAUCUCUAACGCCAUCAAGGCCAUCGAUGGCAUCAAGAACAAGCCUGAGUACGCCAACUUGCGCAUUGCUCAUGGAAAGGAUCGCUGUGCCAACCCUCCCCGCUCU